UUUUGAUGACUGAAACAUGUUCAAAUUUUAAAUUUGAAUGUUAUGAAUGAACAUAAUUGGUGAGUCAGAAAAAUUAGUUAGAAAAGACAUGUAAAACGACGACGUAUUGAAGGCAUGAUUGAGGGCAAAUAGGGUACUGCAGAAACAGUGAAGUGAAGAUCCGUUGAAUCCAACAUCUGUGUGAACAAUGACGAUUUCCGGCGACCUUAGAGUGACGUCAGCAACUCUUCCUCUCUAUCGCUCUCUUCCAACCACCUCUUUCCUUUCCUCAAAGGUGGACUUUCAUUGUUUCUUAAAUGGAGGAUCCAGAAUAUCAGAAUUCACCCCAAAACGUUCCACCAUGACAACUGUACGAAACAAUAUGCGUGGCUAUUACAAGCCAGUUUUUGCAGUCCUUGGAGGUCCUAAAUUUUCAUCAAAGUCAGUUAUUAGCCAAGAAGCUGAGAACUUUCUCCUUGAUGCUGUUAAUAUGAGCUUCUUUGAGCGUUUAAAUUUAGCUUGGAAGAUAGUUUUCCCAUCCGCGGUGUCUAAGAGAAGUUCAAAUGCUAGGAUUGCCAAGCAACGCUUGAAGAUGAUUUUGUUUUCUGAUCGAUGUGCAGUAAGUGAUGAGGCAAAGCGAAAAAUCGUUAGCAACGUUGUGCGUGCUCUAUCAGAUUUUGUGGAAAUAGAAUCACAGGACAAAGUUCAGCUAAGUGUCUCUGCAGAUACAGAUAUUGGAACCAUUUACUCUGUUACAGUACCUGUACGGCGGGUUAAGCCAGAAUAUCAAGAGGUGGAUGAAGUUGGGACAAUAACAAAUGUUGAGUAUAAGGACACUGGAGAUAUUUCAGGUUCUGUUGAUGUUAGAUUUGAUUUCUAUGUUCCUGAUGAAACAUCUUGAUUUUGAAAGAAAAGAUCUUGAAUCUUGGAUUUCUUUGUCAGAAGUUAGUGCUUGAACCCUUACAAGUGAAGGCAAUUUGGAGUGCUGCUGUAUAUAUUUGCAAAUUAAAGCUUCCAUUAGGGUGACUUGAUUUUUAUGAGAAAUUUUGUACCACCUUUUAUCUGUUAGUUUGGUUUGGUGCAUUGUUCUUAACAUUCUGAUAGGAUUUUGUUGCUUGUUGUAUGAAUCAUUGUUAUAAAUGGAAUUUGUAGUUGGUUCUCAUCGGCCUAUGAGAGAGAGACCUGUUAGUUUAAGGCUGAGCUGAUUAGUUAAGCCAAA